GAAUCAAUUUCUAAUUGAAUUUCCCCCUGCUGGAAGCCGGUUUUUGCCAUAUAAAGUUCGUAGGGCAAGAAAGGGCAAAAUAUAACUGUACUCUGUCGAGCCCAUAGUCAGCAGAAAAGCGCAAAAUUUAAAUUUCCUUUGAGAUACAACCGUGUAAACGGGCCCUUACGCACAUGUUGCAGUUACAGACAAGUUUUGUUUGCCAGACUUUAUAUGAAGACCCAAAAAAAAUACUGCUGGUUUGCGUCAAAGUGACAGCUGUCAUUGACAGCCUGUCAAGCUUGAAAAGCAAGCAAAGGAGAUCGAUUCGAUUGAAAUUUAGCGAAAUAGUGUAAUGUUUGUGUAUUUUUCUUUUAAAUUGAUAAUAACUAAUCCAUUCAUAAAUCGGCAAAGGAUUUAUAGUUCACGGUUAAGCUUCGUGAUUCUUAUAUAAAGUGUUAUAAACCGAAAACCGCCUAGAUUUUUCGUAAUUAUUCGGUCGGUGACCAAAAAUAAAUUUAGAAUUUAUUUAGGUGCAACUUUAUUUUAAGUUAUGGAUAAAGAAAACUAUGAAACCUAUGAAUUCUUGCCUGCGUCUGGAAGCAGUGCAGAAGCGGAACCCUAUCAGUUCUUUGUCGUGCAAGACGAUGGGACGUUUCUUAUUAACAGACAAGUGCAAUAUGUGACCCAAGUGCAAGACCCCCAGGAGGUUCUAGAAGGGGAGCAAGCCUGCACCAUGCUGGAUGUGGCUCCGCAGCAGUUCUAUGUCGACAUUGAUAAUACCACUGAAAUGAUCUCUGUACCAGACCAGUUCACCAUACCAGAAGGGACCAGCAACUUGUAUGCGAACAGCUACCUUUUGCAACCUGAACCUGCGGCCCCAGUAGAACAGGUCAAAAACAAAAUAGAACUAAAACCAAUAUUACAAGCUGACAAUUCUGUCAUUGAAACUAAUAAGCAGGAUGGUUUGUCAGGAAAUAACUUAACAGAGGUAAGCAAUUUGGGUCACUAUCAAGUUUACCUUAUCGCUAAACGACUAUUUCGGCUAGAUGUCAGAAAAUUUAAAUAUACAGUCAGUAUAAAGUCAAUUCAGCUGGGAUGACAUGAAAGUAGAAUACUCAAUCAGCAAAAAGUCAAUUUAACUGGAUGGCUAAGACUUAUAAUGAAUGAGUAGUCAAACGUCUGGAAAUAUACAUAGUCCGUAUGAUUAGCAUAUCUAAAAAGCCAAAAGUGUAGUUAGUUAAUUGACGUCAACACAGAACUAUUCAGUAGCAAAACGUCCGGAAAUAUAAUGUGUCAUUGCCAUGGUUUAUAAAUAUGUAACAGAACAGUUCUUAUUAAC